ACUGACAUUUCAUAAUGGGAAAUGGGAGAGGCGUGGAGAGUCAUUUCCUGAUCUUGUUUGGCACAGAGAGGAAGAACAGUGUGUUUCAAUGUCCCCUGGUUUAAAAAAAAAAAGUGUAGGAAGGGUGUUCAUUUUCAUUGAGAAGAAGAAACUGAAAACUCUAGAGGUUAAACAACUAGGAAGAGUUGUCUAUCUAUCUAUUUAUUUAUUUUAUAAGCCAUGGAGCCAGUUAUGAUUACUAAGUUCCAAGUGGGUGUUGCAUGUUUGGUGGGAGGCUGGACUAUGUGAUAUUUAGGACUCUCCUUCAGACUGGCUCCAAGACUCCAGCCCAGCGAUGCCUCCUGGUCUCUGGCAGAGAUGCUUCUGGUGGUGGGGACUGCUUUUCUGGCUCAGCUUUGGAAGCUCAGGGAAUGUACCUCCUACCACCCAGCCAAAGUGCACUGACUUCCAGAAUGCCAGCUUCCUCCGAGGCACCAACCUCAGAGUCCAGUUUCUCUUCUUUACCCCUUCGGACCCUAGCUGUGGGCAGCUGGUAGAAGAGAGCAGUGACAUCCAAAACUCUGAGUUCAACGUCAGUCUGGGAACUAAACUAAUUAUUCAUGGAUUCAGGGCUUUAGGAACAAAGCCUUCUUGGAUUGACAAGUUUAUUAGAGCUCUCUUGCGGGCAACAGAUGCCAAUGUGAUUGCAGUGGACUGGGUUUACGGCUCUACAGGCAACUACCUCUUUGCUGUGGAGAAUGUGGUCAAGUUGAGCCUGGAGAUCUCCCGAUUCCUCAGCAAACUUUUGGAGCUGGGUGUGUCUGAAUCCUCAAUCCACAUCAUUGGUGUUAGUCUGGGGGCUCAUGUUGGAGGCAUGGUGGGACAUUUCUACAAAGGCCAGUUGGGACGGAUCACAGGUCUAGAUCCUGCCGGACCAGAGUACACCAGAGCCAGCCUGGAGGAACGCUUGGAUGCUGGCGAUGCCCUCUUUGUGGAAGCCAUCCACACAGACACUGACUAUUUGGGUAUCCGGAUUCCUGUGGGACAUGUGGACUACUUUGUCAAUGGAGGUCAAGACCAGCCUGGAUGUCCCACGUUUUUUCACGCAGGUUACAGUUACCUGAUCUGUGAUCACAUGAGGGCUGUGCAUCUGUACAUCAGUGCUCUGGAGAACACCUGCCCACUGAUGGCCUUUCCCUGUGCCAGCUACAAGGCUUUCCUGGCUGGAGAUUGUCUGGAUUGCUUUAACCCAUUCCUGCUCUCCUGUCCAAGGAUUGGACUGGUAGAACAAGGUGGUGUCAAGAUUAAGCCACUCCCCAAGGAAGUGAGAGUGUAUCUCCUGACUACAGCCAGGGCCCCGUACUGUGUGCAUCACAGCCUCGUGGAGUUUUAUUUGAAGGAGAAGAGAAAAAAGGAUACCAGCAUCGAGGUCACCUUUCUUAGCAACAAUAUUACUUCCUCAGUCACGAUCACCAUACCUAAACAGCAACUUGAAGGGCGAGGAGUCAUUGGCCACCCUAACCCACCGUGCCAGAUAAACCUAGUGAAGCUCAAGUUCCAAGUUCCUAGCCGGGUUUGGAAAAAAGACAGGACUACCAUUAUUGGGACUUUCUGUACUGCCCCUCUGCCGGUCAAUGACAGCAAGAAGACAGUCUGCAUACCUGAGCCAGUGAGUCUGCAAGCAAGCAUGCCUGUUUUUCAGGACCUGAAAAUAGCCUGUGCAUAGCCCAAGCCUACGCAGGAGGCAGUGGCCUGGAUUUUUCUGAGGGCAGUGUGGCAAGAGAUACGUUCAUGGGCACUUUAGUCCACUCCAUUCCUACUAAGGGGAAGGUCAAAUUCUUGGUGGUUUUCCCCACAAGUAGUGACUGUUGAGGGGACAGAUGACUCAUUUUACAGAACUUGAUCUCCAUUACCAACUUACAAAGUUUUACAUAGAUACAUUUCAGCUUCCCUGUUUCUAAACAACUGCCAUUGUCUCAUAUCCUUAAGUAUUUAUACUUAGGAUUUAAUGGAAAACAUAUGCAGAAAAAUAAACUAUCAUUGUGAA